GGAAGCACCAACGUGCUGUGAAGAACCUUGUACCAACAAUAAAGUGUGUCGUCCUUCAACGUGCGAAUGUGGUUGUCCAGAUGGAUUUGGUUCAUACCAUUGCAUGUGUCCCCACCGUAAGUAUUCGCGUCUAAAGUGCCCGCGUUCCAAUUACGAAUGCGUUCCGAAAUUUGUUCGGCGCGCUUCGACUGCGUUGCAAGAAAAUGUCUAGAGAAGUUAAGAUACUCUGGUACCGUUUAUGGCUACGGGUGAUAUGCACAUACCCAUAAACGACUUUUUGUCUCCCCCCUGUCACUUACCCUAAAGAGUAUACGAAAAAUAUGCUAUGAAACAAUAGAUAUCUUAUAUACACUAGAUAGUGCAUCUAAUUAUUCUGCAACUCAAAAAUUGAAGCCGUGAUUGCAGUCUCAGGUCGUUCCCAUGAAAUGAGAAGAUUCGUAUGUUUUCUAUUUCUUAAACAGGGAACUUAAACAUUAAGUUAACCCUAUUCCAAAUACAUUUUUAAACUAUUCAAAUGAUGAAAGUUAUUGUUGUUUUUAAGCCUUUAUUAGCAAGUGGGAACGACCAACAUGCGCCGCCAUCUAUUCAAAUGGGGGUAACCGUUGGAAUAUUCUUGGCUUCAAUUUUCCUAAAAGAGAUGCACUCUCUAGUGUGUAUAAGAUAUCUAUGUAUGAAACUUACAAGUAUUCUGUAGGUCUCAACUGCUCCAUGCACUAUAAGCAAGUGUUCCAUGUACUACUACUCCAUGCACUAUUUGCAACAGUCAACUGCUCCAUGCACUACAAGCAAGUGUUCCAUGUACUACUACUCCAUGCACUAUUUGCAACAGUCAACUGCUCCAUGCACUAUAAGCAAGUGUUCCAUGUACUACUACUCCAUGCACUAUUUGCAACAGUCAACUGCUCCAUGCACUAUAAGCAAGUGCUCCAUGUACUGCUACUCCAUGCACUAUAAGCAACAGUCAACUGCUCCAUGCACUAUAAGCAAGUGUUCCAUGUACUACUACUCCAAGCACUAUAAGCAACUGUCAACUGCUCCAUGCACUAUAAGCAACUAUCAACUGCUCCAUGCACUAUGAGCAAGUGUUCCAUGUACUUCUACUCCACGCACUAUAAGCAACUGCCAACUGCUCCAUGCACUAUAAGCAACUAUCAACUGCUCCAUGCACUAUGAGCAAGUGCUCCAUGUACUACUACUCCAUGCACUAUUUGCAACAGUCAACUGCUCCAUGCACUACAAGCAAGUGCUCCAUGUACUACAACUCCAUGCACUAUAAGCAAUUGCUCCAUGUACUACUACUACUCCAUGCACUAUAAGCAACUAUCAACUGCACCAUGCACUAUAAGCAAGUGCUCCAUGUACUACUCUCCAUGCACUAUAAACAACAGUCAACUGCUCCAUGCACUAUAAGCAAGUGCUCCAUGUACUACUACUUCAUGCACUAUAAGCAACUAUCAACUGCUCCAUGCACUAUAAGCAAGUGCUCCAUGUACUACUACUUCAUGCACUAUAAACAACAGUCAACUGCUCCAUGCACUAUAAGCAAGUGCUCCAUGUACUACUACUUCAUGCACUAUAAGCAACUGUCAAUUGCUCCAUGCACUAUAAGCAAGUGCAACAUGUACUACUUCUCCAUGCACUAUAAACAACAGUCAACUGCUCCAUGCACUAUAAGCAAGUGCUCCAUGUACUACUACUUCAUGCACUAUAAGCAACUGUCAAUUGCUCCAUGCACUAUAAGCAAGUGCUACAUGUACUACAACUCCAUGCACUAUAAGCAACUGUCAACUGCUCCAUGCACUAUAAGCAAGUGCUCCAUGUACUACAACUUCAUGCACUAUAAGCAACUGUCAACUGCUCCAUGCACUAUAGGGAAGAGUAUGUUUUAAAAAAUGGUAUUUGGUUUUGAGAAAUUUAACUUACUGCCUCUCACGUUGUAUAGUCAUGCAUUUCAUCCAUCUUAGACAAUUAGUAUGUUAGAUAGGAAGGUGUGCAAUUGUUCUAACGUUUGCGGCCAGGCUGUGGUAAAAUAUCGACAACAUUUUUUUGUCUAUACCACGAGUUAUUAAAAUUGCGAGAACUGAGGCCCCCAUGCAGUUACGCGAUACCGGAUUCGCGUCGGAGCGAGUCGAGCGACAUCAACUAAGACACUUUUCAAACUCGCAAGCCAGGCUCUCUACUUCCGCUUCCCUCCCAAACACGCUCCAGCGACGCUUUUCGGCUUCUUACAACUUUUCCUAUUUGAAGUUUUUGACCAAUUAUAUGUAUUAAUUCUGUUAUAUUAUUAUAAUUUUGAGUGCUAAACUCCCCUUGAAACUGUAAAAUUUGAUGUCGCUCCGAUGCGAAUCCGGUAUCGUGUAACUGGGGCCUGCAUGAGAAUGCAGUAAAAUCCCGUAUGUAAGAACCUAGCAGGUUAAGAACCUACAGCCUGAAAUUUUCCAUUUAGACACCCAUUUUUAUAGAACUAAUUAAUGCAUGUUUAUGUGAGUGUUAGGCCCCGGUCGCUCGCGUUUAACCGCCAACUCUUAUCGACUUUCAUCAAUUCUCAUUGACUUAAUUUGAACUGGUUCAAAUUUUAACGAGAGUUGAUAAAAUGAUGGUGGUACUGAAUAUCCAGUCAACUCUUACCAACUCUCAUGCAACUCUUGUUCUCGUUUGACCGGGCCAUGAGAGGUGAGAAAACUCUCAUGAAGCUCUCGCUUCUCAACUCUCAUCAACUCUCAUGCAACUCUUGUUCUCGUUUGACCGGGCCAUGAGAGGUGAGAAAACUCUCGUGCAAACUCUUGCUUCUCAACUCUUAUCAACUCUCAUGCAACUCUUGUUCUCGUUUGACCGGGUCAUGAGAAUUGAGAAAACUCUCGUGAAACUCUCGCUUCUCAAUUCUCAUCACUCUCAUGCAACUCUUGUUUUCGUUUGACUGGGCCAUGAGAGGUGAGAAAACUCUCCUGCAAACUCUUGCUUCUCAACUCUCAUCAACUCUCACGCAACUCUUGUUCUCGUUUGACCGGGCCAUGAGAAUUGAGAAAACUCUCGUGAAACUCUCGCUUCUCAAUUCUUAUCACUCUCAUGCAACUCUUGUUCUCGUUUGACCGGGCCAUGAGAGGUGACAAAACUCUUGUGCAAACUCUCGCUUCUCAACUCUCAUCAACUCUCACGCAACUCUUGUUCUCGUUUCACCGGGACAUGAGAGUGGGGAAAACUCUGAUGCAAACUUCCGCUUCUCAACUCUCAUCAACUCUCAUGCAACUCUUGUUUUCGUUUGACCUGGGCAUGGGAGUUGAGAAAACUCUCAUGCAAACUCUCGCUUCUCAACUCUCAUCAACUCUCUCUAAUGCAACUCUUGUUCUCGUUUGACUGGGGCAUGGGAGUUGAGAAAACUCUCAUGCAAACUCUCGCUUCUUAGUUUUUAUCCUGCAUGUACCUGAUUUUUAUAAAGUGCAGACAUAUUAGAGUGACGAAAUUCAACUUAAUAUUCUAAUCACAUAUGAAAGAACCUAUUCACCCUGACCUGGAAAAUAGUAGGUUCUCAUACGCGGGAUUUUACUGUAUUGUUACGUAAAUCUGUGUGCGACAUCUAGCAGAUAUCGUAAAAUCUUGUUUCUUUCAGAGAACAUGAGCAGAGUUUUCAUCAAAGAUUCGCCAGCCAUGCUGUCUGGCGUGAUGAAACAGGUCGAGAGUGGAAAUGAAACAUGGGGAGUGACAGACGACCAGAAAGUGUGGGUUUUACGCAAUGAUAUGUGGCAAACGUUAGGUCCAGAUAAGAUGAAUUAUGUCUCAGUUGGCAAAGCAGGUGUCUGGGCUUUGGAUGUACUUAAUGAUGUUUUUGUUAGAAAAGGUAAAUUGCAAGACAAAGGCCCAGAGGUGUAGCCCCAUUUUUCUUCAGGACCAAUUUUGUAAUUCUGUAAUUUCAUCUAUGACAUAAAAUAUACCAAGUCUGUGGAUUUCAGAUUAUCAUAAAACGUGUUUAAAAUACAUGAAAUAGCAUUUCGACCCUAAAAAUAGAAACAAAUUUCCGGGAGACCAUGCCUCCACAGGCCGGACAAUUAGACCCCCCCCCCAUACACACACACACUGGUUUGGAGCUGGCUACGCCACAGUAAAGACCCUUUUAUGCUUGCAAUUUUGGCUGCGAUUUUCUUCUUCUGAUAUCAGGAUGUAUAUUUUUAAACAGUCAUAACUCAUCUGCUAGGCCAAAAAAAUAUGUGGGUUUCCUAUUUCUUCUUAUAAAAAAUUAGGUAGGGUAGGUCGGUUUUAACUUUUUUCCUAACAACCGGACGCCAUUGUGGUUAGUCAGUACUUCCACAUCCAAAGAUAAAUUUCCCUAAUAUUGCCUCAAAUUUCAAUUUUAAACAAACGUUUUCCUCUAAAGUGGAAACACUUACAAGCAUGAUCCAAUAAAAAAGUUUAGAGUCGGGAUUUCGACGUCCAAAAGCUAGGUAGGGUCGGGAAACCGGAAACCCACAUAUUUUUUUGGCCCUAUAUCACUUCCCAACGAAGGGCCUUCGCUUCUCAUGUUUCUAGUAGUUGUAUCUCUCUCAAUCCGCAGCUUAAGUAUAUAUAUGAAAAGGACGCAUAUAGGGGUGAAACCAGGUCUCUAGUUAACACCACAUUGCUGCCCCAAACCCUAGCCUACAUGCAGUCUAGUAGUAAAACAAGCGGCAACCGGCAAUCUGGAGACACAUGCGUGCAUGCAGGUUCGAUUCCCGUGGAGGAGUUCAGCUAUAUUUUUUGGGGGACUACAGUCUUUACUUAGAAAUGCUAUCAACAUGGUUAUAUAGAAACAUGGUUAAUUUAAAAUUCAUUCAUUUGUUGUACAAAUAAAGAAUGGACAAAUCCUGAACUAUAGUGAACGUUAAAACUACCUAUUUCUUGUAAAUAUUAAUAUUCGCUAGUUGUAAGUUCUCAAGAAGUGAUUAUAUAGAUCUUGUAUACAAGAAAAAGUUAUAUUAAUAAAGUUUUUUUUAUUAUGUCAAGGUAUAGACACUCAGAACCCCUUUGGAACAGGUUGGACGCUCGUUUCAUCCCCAUCUCAAAAACUGGUUCAAAUCGACUCGGGCAGUUCCGGUGUGGUGUAUGGUGUCACUCGAGAAAACCAGAUCUACUGUCGGGCUGGUAUCACCCAACAGACACUGUCUGGUACCAGUUGGGUUAACGUAUACGGCACGGCUAAGCAUGUAUCGUGUGGUGAUUACGGGUGCUGGGCAGUACGGCCUGACAACACUGUUGGCUUUCGUCAGGGAGUCACUGUACAGAAUUGUGCCGGGACAGAAUGGAAUGAUCUUUCAGGUAGAAAACGAAUGUGUUAUUAGAAAAGAACUAGAGGGCACUCAGAGAAUACAUGUAUUCCUCCGCCAGCAAUCAUGCGUUUAGUUUAUUCGGCCUGGCCAUAGAUUAAUUCUGAACAGAUGUGUAAGUUCAGUAAAAAGUUGUCCGCCAUCUUCCCAGCAAGUGUCGCUCGUGUUAUAAUUUGUCAUUUGGUAAUACGUCUUGCUUUCCAAAAAUGCUUUAAACACCAUUUCAACAACUUUAAACAUUCAACAUGGAUUAUUUAAUCCAAAAAUGUCGAUCCAAAAAUGCCGCAAUAAAGUGCAAAAGUUCGUGUUUUUCAGGACGCCAUUUUGCUAGCAAGUGUCAUAGUGUGAGCAUAACGUGUAUGCAUUUAUAAUUAAAUUGACAAUAUUCAUAGAUAUCUUAUAUACACUAGAUAGUGCAUCUAAUUAUUCUGAAAUUCAAAAAUUGAAGCCGUGAUUGCAGUCUCAGGUCGUUCACAUGAAAUUAGAAGAUUCGUAUAUUUUCUAUUUCUUAAACAGUUAACUUAAACAUUAAGUUAACCCUAAUCCAAAUUCGUUUCUAAAAUAUUGAAAUGAUGAAAAUUAUUGUUGUUUUUAAGCGUUUAUUAGCAAGUGGGAACGACCAACAUGGCCGCCAUCUAUUCAAAUGGGGGUAACCGCUGGAAUAUUGUUGGCUUCAAUUUUACUAAAAGAGAUGCGCUAUCUAGUGUAUAUAUAAGAUAUCUAUGACAAUAUUCAACUAAUAUAUUGUGUUUUUCAACCUUCUCAACCGGAACAUGGCGAGUGCAUAAUCGAUGGCGAAUCAUGGCGUGGCAGCGGUUAUGGGUUUUUGGCUGAGUCGAACCUCUGUAUCGUAUAUUUACUACGUGCUAAUGCAUGCCCCAUCACGCCUGCGGCAACAAAACAUUCACUCAUAAUUUAACUCUCCUAUAAAUAAUUUCUUUUAGGAAAAACAGACAUGGCACAGUUAGACUCAGGUGCAACAGGCGCUGUAUACGCUAUCUCCAUGAAUCACACUCUGUACAGGCUUAACGGAAUAUGUUGGAAGUUACCAUGGGGUACCAAAAAUUGGAAAGAAGUUAUACCACACCCAUUUAAACAUGUUACUAUUGGGGAUACACACACGUAUAUCGUUGCUGACAACGGAACAGUAUGGAAAUUCUCAUACUAAGUAGUACAGGAUGGCCUCAAUGAUUACCAGAAUAACCGUGGUUACGUAUCGGUUUGACCAAUAGAGACCUUCCGAUGUAGGAGGGGAACGCAACGACAACGGCCAGAAUAAAUCAUUCGAAUAAACGAUCGUAAAGAAAGUUUGUAGACAAUUAUUGAUCGUAUCAAUUUAAUACUGUUUGGUUAGUUUGAAAUAGUGGCUUUAUUGUUGAAAAAGUUCGACUGCAUGUGGUACUGAGUAUAUUGUAUUUAUUGUAGUACUGAGUAUAUUAUAUUUAUAUAGAAUCUAUCGACUUGUAAACUAUUAAAUUUUUAAUGUUGUCAACUUAGGAAUAGCAAUUGGGAUAUUAGUAGCACUAAAUAAGUCUAAAUUAGAUCUAAACUUGCACUUGUAGCAGAUUUAAAUCUCUCUUCCUGAGAGUCGUGCAUGAGUAAAAAAUAGAUUACUGCAGAUAAAGGGAAAUAAGAAAAAUAUACUGUACUAUAAAACUAAUAUUCUGUAAAGCUAAUUUAUUAAUACCGGAUAAAAAAAGGAUGGCCCUUCUAUUGAAUUAUUUCGUCAAUUGAAACGGAUAUCUACUGUAGUCAUAACAUUACAAAAAUGAGAAAAAUUCUUCUGGUAUUUAAUAUUCUAAAAUCAUCUUGGCCACAAGAUUUAUUUGUUUUAUUUGCUUUUUCGCGGGAUUCCCAUUGAUGUAAACACGAGGUUGUCCGACACUGGUAUUAUAAGCUUUCUCUGGCC